AUGCCAAAACACCGCCCAAUUGCAGUUACUUUGGUGGAUCUUGGUUCUAUAGUUGAAGAAUUUCACUAUGGGCCAUAUUCACGUUUUUGGUGGAAAACGUCAACAGAUAAAGAAAACACGACUUUUUUCCCCCUUCGUAUUGGUCAAAAAACCAAAACCUGUCUUAAUAAUCGCAAUUUUUUUGUAACUAUUGUUGUUGGUAAUAAAAAUCAUGUUUUUUUACCUGGGUAUUUGUGUCAAAGUGACGCAUAUAUUGGUCAAAUAGAAAACGAUCCUUCUAAAGCUAUAUCUUCGGUAUAUACACAAAUUUUUGAAAAUGGAACUCGAUUUUCUGGUCCUUUGGUAUUAGGAUGGCAAGAUGAAGAUAUAAUUCAUAGACUUUUAGGAGAUGUUUUAUUUGUUCCUAUUUCGAUUAUUAUUGAAUCACUGAAAAUAUUUAUAUAUGGGAUAGGAGUUUCUUCUCAAGUAGAUUGGCUUAACGCUGGUUCCGGAUACAAAUCAUCUUUGAUAUACAAAUUUAACGGCAAUAAACAGGCAAUUUAUGUGUCUAAAAUUGAAGAUAAAUGUAUUCUUGAAAUUUAUCAAGAUAACCAAUUGAAAAAAAAAUUUGAAGGGGAAACACCAAUUGCUGUAUGGGAAAAAUCAGAGCUAAUAAAAAAUAUAACGGAAAUCUACUAUUUGGCCUUGAAAAUUCUUUCGUCCAAACUCUCAUUCAUCAGCAUAAAGUAA